AUGCCACACCGGUUCAUGAGUCAGUCUUCUGCGGUUUCGUCUCAACCCGUUUCCAACCCGCCGGAUGGACCGGCUUCACAGCCUGAUCAACACCAGGCUGCUGACCGGCAUCAACAGCCAGCUAUUGAAUCGCCAGCGGGCGGCACGCGCAAACAAAAUCAUCUACCUCCUGGCUACCCGGCAUUAGCGGCACGCAUGGGCUUGUUCCCAGAAAAAGCCAUCUUCAGGCGGUUUGGAUUCCUGAACAAACUCAACAUCCUGUACCUGCAGGCCGAGUUGAUGGAAAUCGAAGACCAGCUCAAAUGCUUGCAGGGGACCGACAGCCUGAAAGAUGGAGACGAGAAAUUCUAUGCCACGGAUUGGUAUUGUCUCAACCAGGGCGACAACGAACAGCUGAAAUUGAUGCUUCACGCUCGAGACAAAUUGGACAAAUACAAUACGGCCAUCAUACAACAGUCGUACAUCCUUUCCAUGAAAACGCCUGGCAAAUCCGAUCUGGACUAUAUCCAAAAAUUCCUUGCGUCCGAGGACAUGGGUCCAUGCGCUCUGGAUGGGCUGGAUUCCGAGGUCUGGGGGACCAUCAAGGAUCCCAAAGGCUACGAACCAGACAUCAUCACCCUCGCACCUCGAACCGAAGAGGACAUGUUCUCCAAUCUCCUCGCAGAAAAGGGCAUGUCUGCCUGGUUCAAGUACGGCUUGGACCGAUUCCGCAAACCGUCCCCGGUCCACGGUCAGGUGGCAUACGAGGAGAGCGCGCUCCUUCGCCUCACCUAUCUUUUCGCCACGGCACUGGCAUCUCUUCUUCCCAUCGCAUCUAUCGUUGUUCUGUGUUACGUUCGUUCGAUGGAAGCGCGGCUGGGCUUCAUUGCGCUUUUCAACGUCUUGACGUCUUUCUGUCUUGCUUUCUUCACGACAGCAAAGCGGACCGACAUUUUCGCUGUUGCGGCAGCUUUCUCGGCGGUUCAGGUCGUCUUUGUUCAAGGCGACGGCGGUGGCUCCAGCAUGAGGGGGUGA